CGCCACAGCCACCCCAAUUGCGCGUUUUAACAUUCCCUCUGGAUUACAAACUCUCUCUCUCUCUCUCUCUCUCUCUCUCAUACUACUUGCGGAGGACAAAAUCGUCGUCGCUCGCCCUCCAAACCCAUCGCAGACUCCUUUCCCAUUUGUCUCUCUCUCCGCUCUACCUCAUAUUCUUCCUCUCUCUCUCUCUCUCUCUCUCUCAUCGCAUCCUACCAAGCCCACCGACGCACAUUAAUUUCUCUCCCUUUCUAGAUUCACGACUGCCACUCCGAUCUCCCCUCCCUUUCUCUCUCCCCAACAUCAAUCCAGAUCUAAUGCCGUCUUACCACUAACACAAAAAAAGAAAAGAAAAAAAAGGAUUCCUUCGAAUCCCAAUCGAAGCCCUAGGAAACAUUACACAAUUGGGCCACAACCCGAUUCAACCAUGUCGUCUCCGAAGGGCUCGAGCCGGUUCUUCACCAUCGGGCUCGUGGCCUCCUGGUACUCCUCCAACAUUGGGGUCUUACUGCUCAACAAGUACUUGCUAUCCAAUUACGGAUUCAAGUACCCCAUUUUCCUCACCAUGUGCCACAUGACGGCCUGCUCCCUGCUCAGCUACGUCGCCAUCGCCUGGCUCAAGAUGGUCCCGAUGCAGACGAUCCGGUCCCGCGUCCAGUUCGUCAAGAUCUCCCUCCUUAGCCUGGUCUUCUGCGCCUCCGUCGUCAGCGGCAACAUCUCGCUCAGGUACCUGCCGGUGUCCUUCAACCAGGCGAUCGGGGCCACGACGCCCUUCUUCACGGCGGUCUUUGCGUAUUUGAUGACGCUGAAGAGGGAGGCCUGGCUUACGUAUGUCACUCUCGUUCCUGUUGUUACUGGCGUGGUUAUCGCCAGCGGGGGUGAGCCAAGUUUCCAUCUUUUCGGGUUUAUAAUGUGUGUUGGUGCUACGGCUGCAAGGGCACUUAAAACGGUGCUUCAAGGGAUAUUGCUUUCUUCUGAAGGGGAAAAGCUGAAUUCUAUGAACCUUCUCAUGUACAUGGCUCCAAUUGCUGUUGUAUUUCUGCUUCCUGCAACACUCUUCAUGGAGGAAGAUGUUGUUGGUAUCACCGUGGCCCUUGCAAGAGAUGAUAUCCGGAUCGUCUGGUAUCUACUGUUCAAUUCUGCCUUGGCAUAUUUUGUUAACCUGACCAAUUUUUUGGUCACAAAGCACACAAGUGCCCUGACUCUACAGGUACUAGGAAAUGCAAAAGGGGCUGUGGCCGUAGUUGUCUCUAUUUUAAUAUUCAGAAAUCCUGUGUCGGUUACUGGGAUGCUUGGCUACUCACUCACAGUCAUCGGAGUUAUCCUAUACAGUGAAGCCAAAAAGCGUAGCAAGUAAAAUUUUACUGUGGAAAAGGCAUUGGCUGAAAAUUCCAUCUGUUUUGUGCCCAUACGAGGACAGGGGCGACCUUCUUGGAGGGUAUACUUUCACUCGGUGUCGUGGAAUAUGCCCACUAAAGCUUAUUUUUUGUAUUGCAUCUUCGGGGGGAAUUAGUUUUCAUUCUGUACCAACAAAAUUGACAGGAAUUAGGCAGAGUAGGAAGCAUUUAGUUGUUAAAUUGUUUGCUUCUGUUCUUCCCUUGUUGGGGGAUAUGGAGGAUUUUUUUCAGCUCUUAGUUUUUCAGGAAAGAAUUGUGUAAUGGACCUGGCACAAUACUCUUUUACAAUUUCUCAUACUAUUUGUUAUUUAUUCAAAGGUCUUGCAAUUCUUCCA